UCAAUACGUCAAGCUUGUGACUGGUCAUCGGUGGACGAAUCGUGGAGGUGGCGCAUUUUCAGUAAUUGGUGAUUGGAGAUCUCCAAAUAUUAGUUUGAUUAUUGGUUACUGUGUCCCAUUAACUUUGGACCGCGGCUAAUAUUUUUCUAAAACAUUUUUUAAUUAAUUUCGUUUUCGUUAUUGAAUUGCUGAACUGAAAUUUAUUUAGACGAGGUCGUCCAUUAUCCGUGUUUGUAAUUCAAGAUGUCGGUGUGCUUCUUCGUGCCUGCUGACCAAGCCGGGACCUCAACAGCGGAGGAGUCUCUUGAUCAGGAGGGGCCAGCAGAGGACUCUGCUGACACCCAGCAUCAGAACCUGCAGCAGUUCUGGGCCAAGGUCACUGAUGAUAUCAGGAAGGUCACUGCGGAAGACUUCAAAACCCAAGCACUACCACUGGCCCGCAUAAAAAAGAUAAUGAAGCUAGAUGAAGAAGUGAAGAUGAUUUCUGCCGAGGCUCCAGUGCUUUUUGCAAAAGCGGCUGAAAUCUUCAUUCAUGAGCUCACCAUGCGGGCUUGGAACCAUACUGAAGAUAACAAGAGGAGAACUUUGCAGCGCAACGAUAUAGCGAUGGCGAUAUCCAAAUCCGACCAAUUCGAUUUUCUAAUCGACAUUGUGCCACGACAUGAAGUGAAACCGAGCAAGCCACGAGAGGAUCCUCCGAGGCAUACCGCCACCGAACAUGUGGUGCAACAACAGCAAACGUUGCCAACUUCAAACCAGCAGCAAUUUGUCAUACAGCCGUGCGCUCAAGUUGUGCAGGUACUUAUAUCGCACAGCGCGGCCCCGAGCGUGGUGCCGCAGCCCGUGACGCUGGUGCAGCAGGUGGUGACUCCGCAGGGCGACGUGCAGCAGCUGCCGUUGCAGCUAACGCAGGCGCAGCUGAACAUGAUCCGGCUACAAGUGCAGAAUAAUCCCACGCAACCCAUCAUCAUACAAGCGCAGCCACACAACUCGCAGAUUAUACAGGUGUCAUCGCAGGCGCAGCAUCAGCCCCAACAACAAGUGUUCCUGCAAGUAGCCAGCCAGGAAGAAUCCUAGUAAACUCGACUCGGGACUUCAGACACGAACGUUUUUUUUGUGCAGUCUCGUAAAAACAACUUUGAAGACUAGUUCCUACCAACCAGUUUCAGUCUUUAAACUCAGCUACCUUCGACUAGAAAAUCAGAGGGCUUACCGCGAACCACGUUCGACGUGUUGCCCCCCUGUCAUGCUUACGUACGAAUUUACAAGUGCGACAGAGAGGCAACACGUUCAACGUGGUUCGCGAUAGGCCCACAGCAACUUCUUUACUAACCGCUUAAUAGGUGGUACAAUCGCCAUCAGAUAUAUCGGAGCGGCCAAUGUGCUCACAAAUAUCUGAACACGUCUCUAUUGUGAAGGCGUUAGUGCGUGGUCAGAUACUUUUGAGCACAUCGGCCGCUCCGAUAUAUCUGAUGGCAACUGCCUAUAAAACUCGACGAAGAUGGUUCGAGAAGCUCGAGAGUAUGCGCCAUUAACUGAUGACAGAAGCUAUUAAACAUGAAAAUGUAC